AUGCAACCAGGCCGCGCCACGAUACAGCAUGGCACCUCCUCCAACCCCUCCAUCGAACCCACAACCGCCGCCUCCCUCCACGCCUUCGCCGAAGCCUGCGCAAACGGCAACAUGGACACCGUAGCCAUCCUCGCAACCGGCGACGACCACUACCCCAAUACGCAACACUACCUCAACCACGGCCUCCUCGCCUCAAUCAUCCACAAACAACUGCCAAUCGCCCGCUUCCUACUCUCCCACGGCGCAACGAUCACCCCAUCCAUAGCAAUGGCGGCCGUCAGAGGCGAAUGCACACCGAUUUUCGAACUGCUGCUGGAGAACGGGUGGGAUGUGAACAGCCCCGUCACGGGCGGACAACCUGCCCUGUCGGCAUUCGUGAAGAACGAAGCGCUGCUGAAGUGGUUCCUGGACCACGGCGCAGACCCCAAUCUCGGGCCCCCUCCUUCACCGCAACCGGAUUCUGCACCCGUCCCGGAUUCCGGCUCCACCCUCGACUGCGCCGCCUCCGCCGCCACGCCCGCGAUCUUCGACCUCCUGCUCCGACACGGCGCGAAACUGGAGAAUAGCCAAGCGCUGCACAUGGCGGCGGCGAGCCAGGAGGACGCGGGGAGGAUUCCGAUGAUGGAAUACUUGCUGCGCAAGGGCUGCGAUAUAAACGCCAGUGAUGGGGCGAGAGGGUUCCAGGCCGUGGGACCGCCGUUGUUCUAUGCGAUCAGGCAGGGCCAGGUGCAGAAGGUGCGCUGGUUGUUGGCACACGGGGCUGAUGCGAGGGUCGAGGGGAGAGGAGGGGCGACGGCGUUGAGAAUGGCGGAGCAGACGGGGGUGGGGGAUGUGAUUGCCAUGGUCAAAGAGACUCUGGAGAGGGUGGGGGACCGAGCUCAGGCGUAG